AGGAUUUUUUCCUGACAGAGAGGCGGAGACAGCUCCGGGAGCGAUGCGUAAAGUCCGUUUGGCUGCAGCGUUUGACGAACGACGACCAGGUGACCUGAAGUCCGUGUUUGAGGACGCUUUUCUGUGGACUGGUCCUGGGUUUUGGGUUUGUUUUCCUGUGUGAGCGGGUUCUGGGAGGAGAUGAGUGCUCGGGAUGGGACUGUGCCUCGGAACCGAAGACACAGAGGAGGAGAAGAAGGCCAGAAUACGCAGCUCCAAGAUAGACAGAGACCUGUACGAAUGCGCAAAGCAGGAGAUGAAUGUGGUUAAAAUCCUCCUGUUAGGUGCAGCAGAAAGUGGGAAAAGCACUUUGGUCAAACAGAUGAAAAUUAUCCACAGCAAUGGCUUCACCAAGCAAGAGUUAAGCAGCUUCAAGCCUGCGGUGUUGGAUAACCUGCUGACCUCCAUGAAGUUCGUCCUGCAUGGAAUGGGCGUCCUCCGCAUCAACCUGGCUAACAGCAAGAACAAGGUCCACGCCCAUUCAGUGCUGUCAUGCGGGCGGUGUUUUGAUGAAGAUCAGGUAUUGUUUCCCUUCUUGAGCCACGCCUUGUCCUGUCUCUGGGCCGACCAGGGAGUGAGGGCCGCGGCCGCCCGGGGCUUUGAGUACGAGCUCAACGACUCGGCGCUGUAUUUCUUUGAGAGCAUGAGCCGCAUCACUUCUCCGGAGUACGUGCCCACGGAGACAGACGUGUUGCGAGUGCGACUGAGGACGACCGGCGUGAUAGAGACCCAGUUUAAAGUCAACCGCCUUGUUUUCAGGAUGUACGACGUUGGAGGUCAGAGGACCGAGCGGAGGAAGUGGAUCAGUUGUUUCGAAGACGUCCGAGCGGUUCUGUUUGUGGUGUCGCUGAGCGGGUACGACAUGACGCUGGUGGAAGACCCCUCCGUGAAUCGUCUCCAGGAGAGCAUGAGACUUUUCUCCUCCAUCUGCAAUAACGUCUUCUUCCGCAGCACGUCCAUGAUUUUAUUCAUGAACAAGAUAGAUCUUUUUCAAGACAAGAUUUUACACACGGGCCGGCACCUGCGCUUGUUUCUGCCACAGUUCAAAGGAGCGGACUGCGAUGUGGAUUCUGCCGCCCGCUUCAUCGCCGCCACCUUCGUCUCGUUCAACAAAACGCCCAGCAAGCUCAUCUAUCACCACUUCACCACGGCAACGGACACGUCCAACAUCCAGGUCGUCUUCCAGGUGGUUAUGGACACAAUAAUUAAAGAAAACCUGGAAGCCGUGUCGCUCCUGUAGCCGCCAGCCAGGACCUCUUUGGAUGUUAAAUCAUGUUUUUAUCUUAUGACUGAAACUUAAAACAUUUUGAU